GCUGCCACCAGAGCGAAGUGACCUCAGGAGCUCGCCUCGGGUACUGUCGAGGCAUCUCCAAAUUAUAUUAGCAUAGAUGUUCUCUAAUAUUAGUUGUAACCAGUGUUUUCGUAUAGUUUUCUUGUCCAUUGGCUUCCCCGCGGGUCCGUGAGAUCACGAAAUGUCAACUGUAGCUCUGUGAUGGCGUAAGGGACCCACAGGACUGUGCCAGUGAGCGUGAAGAGGCCGAUUCCAUUCACUCUGCAAUUGCCGAACAUUUCAGUGUAAUUUCCGUGCUCGUGUAAAACCGACAUUGCACUUGGAUUUUCAUUCGCCAAGUGUACGUGAGGUGCCAGCGCCAAUCCAGAAAUGGCUUCUUCCAACCACAUCGUAGACGAUUUUGAGAACUCUUUUCAGGCAUGUCUGGCUGCAGUCACAAAUCCAGAUUACUUCUACGUUCGCGACUCAGAAGAAGUAAAGACAGGAGUAGAGCAGACUAUACAGCGGUUCUUGGAUGCUGCUAAACAGAUGGAAAGUUUCUUCCUUCAGAAGAGGCUUGUACUAUCUGCUCAGAAGUCAGAGCAGAUGGUCAUGGAGGAUAACACAGAGCUGAAGAAUGAGCUGGCCCGCAAAGAACAGCUGCUACAAAAGUACAAUGAGAAAAUUCACUAUUGGCAAAGUCUGCUGAAUGACACAGCUAAUGCAACAGGGCAGCAGCCACAGCCACAGCCACAAGCACCUCAAGGAGGCGGAACACAGCAAGGCAUGCCUACACAGAGCCAGCAGUCUAUGUCAAUGGGUGGGACAGCACAAGGCCUGCCAGGUCCACUAGCCUACUUGGAGCGGACCACAUCCAAUAUUGGCAUGCCAGAUCCCAGGAGAUGAAGGCUGGAGGUGCACCAGAAGGACUUUCUCAUCAUCAUCAUCAUCAUCUUAAGAAAAAAAAAGCCAGAAGGUAGUGCCACGUGUGAACUCCUGGUGACUGUGGUACACAGUGGUGAGACAAAAGUGACCCAGUGGACUAUUAUAAAGAUAGACCAAUUCUUUGUAAAAAUUGUGGCGAAUCCUACCCACACGUUGGGAUCGAAUCUGAGAAGCAGGACCUGUAGAAGGUGUGCACCUUUCAGAGGAAUUGGGAUUCAAAGUGGAUUCCACAAAUAACAAUAAAAAAAGUCAGUUUCGCUGCAACGGCGGAGCAAUCAAUGCGAUAGCAACAAAUUAGAAUGUCACACAAAGAACGGCAAGCAGCUCGGUACUUGCAACGCGCCGCUCGAGAGCAAAGUACUGAUGAAAACAACACGCACAGGACGACCGUGAACUAACAACGGUCAGAGCUUGACACUUGCAGCGCGCUGCUCAAACACAAGGAAGGACACUCGAAAAGAACGCACAGGUAUACACAGGACGAGCUCAAACUAACAACUGCUACAGUUGUUACUUCUUCGUGUUUGAGCAGCACACUAAAACCAAACACUCUUAGACUCCUCCGCGUUUCCUACCGCGCGGUGGCGUUCGACGCAUUGGUUACUCGGAGUUUCACAUCGUCAGUGGGUACAGAAAUGGGCCAUCUUUUUAGUGUGCGUCUCAAGGGCAGCUUUCAAACUGAAGGAAAAUGCAGGAGCGUUGCUUUAAAGUGCUCCCUUUGCAAUCUCGCGGGUGAUACUAAACACUGAAGCACCUCUGAGCUCUGCGUGCCGUUAGCAUUAAAUGGUGCAUAUAAAUAGCUUGUCGUCGUUAUGCUAAACAGCCGGUGGCACGUGGCCGAGUUGUUUAAAGCAGCGCGCUCCGGAGCGAGGGGUCGCAGGUUCGAAUCUUGCUGGCACGCUUCGGAAAUUUUUUUCUUCUGAUUUAUUUUUUUGUAGCUUUUAUUUAUAUAUACAUACAUAUACAUAUCCGGGACAUGACGAUGACGGCAAAAACCAGCCGAGAGUGUCCAUAUAAUUGAUAUCGUAAUAAAAUCGAACCCACUUAUAGUUCAUAGUCGAACCCACUUAUAACAACAUUCAUGUACCAUAAAAAUUUCCUUGCUAUAACUUAGUUGCGUAGAAGAAAAAAAACCAUAAGGUUUGGAGAAGGGGAGAGGGACUUGCAGAGCUGCUGUUACUCUACUCUACCUGUGCCCCUCCAUACCUCUUCCUGACCACGGAUUAUGUUAGCUUGUUUAACUAAAAAUGUGGAGCUCGAUUCAUGCACCCCCCGCCACAGUGGUGUGGUGGUUAUGGCGCUCAACUGCUGACCCGAAGGUUGCGGGAUCGAAUCCCAGCCGCGGCGGCUGCAUUUUUGAUGGAGGCGAAAAUGUUUGAGGCCCGUGUGCUUAGAUUUCGGUGCACGUUAAAGAAUCCCAGGUGGUCGAAAUUCAGAUCUGGAGCCCUCCACUACGGUGCCCCUCAUAAUCAUAUCGUGGUUUUGGGACGUUAAAGCCCAGAUAUUAUUAUUAUUAUUUCGCUUCAUGCAUGACACUAGAUGCACAGCUUUACCUACUAUACUUCACUGACUUUAAUGGCCAACCGUCAUGGUCUUCUCACAUUCAAAGGCUGCUCAUUCCUGCAGUUUUUGAACUCGUUGCAGAUUAACCACAAGAUACGGAGUGGCCAUGCUAUUUCCCAUCCUACUGUGCACUGACGAGCAGCUCACCCUGAGAAAGCGUGUUACCUUCCAGUGUCCCCAGUCAUCAUUGUCGGUCAUUGUGUGCAUGAUAAGAUGGUUUGCAUCUCCAGCAUCCUUCCUAAAGCCUUUAAAAAAAUGAAUUAGGAGCAUGCCUGACUUCCUGUUUUUCUUUUUUUCUUUCUUUCUGUUCCAUUGUGCAAUGCUCCCUCCUAACUUUUUCCUUCCUCCAUGUCGAGAAUUGAACCUUCACCCACGUACUUAAGAGAACAAUGAUGGACAUGCAUGAAACAUUGAUUUGCAACAAUGAAAGGCAACAAUGGAAUGUGGCAAUGUGAAAUGGCAAGUGAUCUCGAUAAAAGAUAUCAAACACGGCUGAUCACUGACAAGCCCACGAUCGAGAGAGCAUCAAUUAUUGGAAAACGGCACGUACAAAUACGCAUGUGACUGGCACACUUUCGAGGGACGAAUUUAGUGUACACCCGCAUUUCUGUACUCGUAGAAACUCGUAGAAGCUUCGCUUAAUAAACUAAAGUAGCACCAAU